GUGUAUGUGUGUGUGUGUAGUCAAUUAAGUUAACGUCAACUGAUACAUUUUUCUGGCAGGUUCCGAAAGCUAGGAAAUGGGAAACCUUUCGACCUGCCUGCAUUUGAUCUCCACAGUAUUGUUCAUUUCUUUUGUUGCAAAGUUGUUGGUGGUAAGGAUCAGAAAAAGAAAGCUCAAGAUUGGCCAAUUGCCACCAGGAAGAAGAGGUUGGCCAAUCGUUGGCGACAGCUUCAAUUGGUACAAUGCGGUCGCGAGUUCCCACCCCCCUCAGUUUGUUGAACAACAAGUCCAGAAGUUCGGGAAGAUAUUCUCAUGCAGUCUGUUUGGAAGAUGGUCUGUGAUAUCAGCAGAUCCAAUCUUCAACCGCUUUGUAAUGCAGAAUGAAGGGAAACUGUUCCAGUCUAGUUAUCCAAAAUCUUUUAAAGAUUUGGUUGGCAAAAAUGGUGUUAUCACGGUGCACGGAGAGCCACAACGAAAGCUCCACGGAAUCGCCUCCAACAUGAUGCGCCUAGACCACAAACUUAAAUCGAGGUUUAAUUUCUUGGACGACAUUCAAAUGAUUAUGACUCAAACUUUGAGCAAUUUUCAAACCAAUCAAUCGAUACUUCUCCAGGAUGUUUGCAGAAAGGUGGCUAUAAAUCUAAUGGUUAAUCAACUUUUGGGAGUGUCGAGCGAUUCAGAGAUUAAUGAGAUGGCUCAACUGUUCUCCGACUUCGUUGAUGGUUGUCUCUCUUUUCCAAUCAACUUGCCUGGUUUUGCAUACCACACUGCCAUGAAGGCAAGGGAAAAAAUCAUAAUCAAGAUAAAUAGGAUAACGCAAAAUCACAGAGAACAACGUGAAGUUGGCAAUGGCGUCCUUGGAAGACUGUUGGAGGAAGAAAGCUUACGGGAUGAAGCUGUACCAGACUUCAUUAUCAACCUUCUCUUUGCUGGGAAUGAAACAACUGCUAAAACAAUGCUAUUUGCAGUCUAUUUCCUUACUCAGUGUCCCAGAGCAAUGAAACAAUUAGUGGAUGAACAAGACAGCUUCCGAAGCAAACCUGUCGGAGAAGAAACUCUUACAUGGCAGGAUUACAAAGCAAUGUCUUUUACUCAAUGUGUCAUUGAUGAAACACUUCGACUCGGAGGAAUUGCAAUUUGGUUAAUGAGGGAGGCAAAAGAAGACGUUGUGUACCAAGACUAUGUUAUCCCCAAAGGAUGCUUUGUUGUUCCCUUCCUUUCAGCAGUUCAUUUGGAUGAAAAUGUGUACAGAGAAUCCCUCACUUUUAACCCAUGGAGAUGGAUGGAUCUUGAAAAUCAGGAGAAAAGAAAUUGGAGAACUAGCCCAUUUUUUGCACCCUUUGGAGGAGGAGCCAGAUUCUGUCCGGGGGCUGAGUUGGCUCGCCUUCAAAUUACCCUUUUUCUCCAUUACUUUGUUACAACAUAUAGAUGGACCCAACUAAAAGAAGACCGGAUGUCAUUCUUUCCCUCAGCUCGUUUAGUGAAUGGCUUCCAGAUCUGCUUAACUAGACGGUCGACAUGAACAAGUGGGGAUAAAGUGGAGGGAUCAGAGUUAUUCAUAUUUUUUUUAUUUGUAAUUUUCAUUGUGUACACACUCCUAUUUCCUUUUCAAUAUAUGUAAUUAAAUUGUUGCAACAGGCUUCAAAGUGAUCCAAAAAUUUUACUCCAUCAGUCAAAACAAGCAAGAAAUUAAUACUACAAGGGCUAUUUCAUUACGCCAUA